CCUUUUCCCUCUCUACGUUUGCAAGCCAAGAUCGGUCCUCACCACGAUAUUUCCCUUGCAGGCAAGCUUACGGCGAGCUAGCUUUUGUUCCAGAUCUAUGAACUUUGGUUGUCUUUUGGUUGUUUGGCUUCCUGCCAACCCGGCCUUUCUAGAUUGCGUUUCACAAGUGGCGAUCUGAUUGAGAGUAGGUGCUUCCAGGAUUAAGUAUGGCUCGCAGAUCACUUUAUCAGAAUGGUGGAACCGUAUGUCAUGGACAAGAUGGUUCCAAGUUAGCUGAUCACAACUCAAUGAGCCAUAAUCAGUCUAGUGGCUACAUCUCGAACCCCCGCAGGUCAUUGAGGCUCAAAGUAGCUGCUGCAUACGAAGUAGAAUCUGCAAUUCCUGACAUUUUGAGUUUGAAACAUCAGCAGGAGACUGGUGCACAUACAUGUGUUUUAUCACCCAAGCAGGUUAAAGUUGAAAGCCCAUUGUAUGAAAAAAGCCAUGGACCGCUAAAGCAAAAAAAUAAUUUUGUUGAUAUCACAGACAGCGAGGAUGAAAGCUGCACCAGUAUUACCUUGAUGGAUCUGCUGACAAUGUGCAAAAGUAAAAAACGUAAGGCAUCUGAGGGUAGUGGACAAGCAAAUGUUGAUAUUCUAGAACAUAAUAAUGACCCUAUGAUGGUAAAAGAAGAAGAUCCGGAGCUAGAUGAGAAAAUUAGUAGUUUUAAAAUAAAGAAGGCAAAGUCAUCGCCUACCAGUGAAAAAUUAAACAAAUAUACUGAAUCCACUCUACAUUCUUCACCGCCUGAGAAGAAUACAUUGCAGACAUUUCCCCUGGCUUCAGUAGCUCCAAUGAGUGGGCUAGACGAAGCAAUUAUUGAAGAUGCAAUUUCUAAAGAGCUCUCACUGGAUUCUGAAUAUGGUUUGGGGCUUAAGAAAGAAAGUGUUGAUGCGAAGAUGAAAGAAAUUGCUGAGCAGAGCCCUCUUUCUGUAGGAACUUCUGCAGCUUCUGUCAUCAAGGAGGAGGUCAUUGAAACUUGUUUGGUUAUGUCAGAUGAUGAAAACUCGAUGAUGAAUUCUAACACUGUAUUGGUCAACAAAUGUGAUUUUGAUAAAAAAUAUAUAGGGGAAUUGCUUGAUAAGGUUAGUGAAAGAGUGGAUUUGGAGCAGCCUGAGAACGUUAUAAGCAACAUAAUGGAUCCAUUUCUUAGAGAUAUUAUAAGACAAUGCAAGCAUGAUUUUUCUUCAUCUUCACCUACAUUAGAGAACUUCCAAUUCCCCAGUCAUGAUGUAAAAAAUGUCAAGAAUGAACAUCUGGUAGUUGGCUCUACAAAGUGUGAUAACACUGCUCCUAAUGCUGGUUUAAUGACAAUGUUUAAGCAUCACAGAAACUUACCUACCGAAGUGAUUCAGAAGGAAGACCAACAGGGAUUGCAACUUGAAGAAUUAAUGCCGUCUGAUAAAAGAGAUCUGCAUCUCACUUUAGCUGAAAGUUCUACAGAAUUCAUUGAAUCUGAUGGCGAGAAGUUGAAGUGUUUCUUAGAAAAUAAUAGUUGGUUGGUUAAGAAUAGGAGAAGCAGUUUUUCAGAUACGUCUUUCAUUGAAAGAAUAGUUUCAUUCGUGACUGAAUGUAAGACUUCUUAUAGUUGUGAUAAUUUUGAUGAGCCAACUGAUGAUUCUGGCGUUUCUUUAAGCUUGGAAAACCAUGAUGAUUUUGUAGGUGGAUUGAAUCAUGAUAGCAUAGAUAAAAAUAACUGUUUAGGUGCCAGUCAUAGCCACAAAAGCUUGGAUGUAGUAAACGAUGGUGGAUGCAGUAUGGUAAGUGAGAAUUCAAGUGAGUUGAUGAGCCAAUCUGUGCAACCUUUAUCAAGCUUUGUCCUCUCACAAAUAGAUCACAGCAUCUUGUCCAAUGACACUCUUGUAUCAGUUGAUGCUCCUUGUUCGAUAACAGAGGCUGGAUCUGCCUAUCUAAACCCAAUAUGUGAAAAUGGAAAGCAAGCUUCUUAUUAUGAUGGAGACUCUCUAGGCGGUCUCACGAGAAUAGAUGCUGAUGGAUGGGUUCCUCAGACAGACAAGUUGCUGCCUUCAUCACAAGCACACAAAUUAAACAGAUGCUUAGAAAGAAAGCCAUGCGGUGCAAAGGUCUCUGAUUUGACUGAUGCAGUGAGACCUUCUGGGCAAAUCGUUUGCCCUUGUCCUGUCUCCCAACUACAUGAGACUACAGCCAGCACCCAGCUCCUGGUAAAAGAUGGUUUAUCAAAGUCUGCAGCUGUCAUGGAUGCUAUUGCAGAUUUCCCUAUCAGCUCUUGUUUGGAGUCCUCUGCUCAAAUUUGUGUAGAGAGGCUGAUAAAUAUGCAGACAACCGAGAUACAAAUGGCGGAUACAAAGUUUGGAGGCCAACUUUGCAUGGAAGUAGAACAUUCUCCUAAAAAGCUUUUGUCAAAUAGAAAGGAGAUAUCUCCAAAUUCACAGGAAAAACUUCUCCGGGCUUUAAAUAAUGGGGGUUUAGAUGAUGUCGUCAAACUCUCCAAUUGUAUGAAGAAGCUUUGCUUUGAUAAAGGAGCUGCUAAGAAGCCAUUAUCAUCAUUUCUAGAUGACGGGGAAACAUUUCUUGAGGCAGAGCGGAUGAUCAAGAAGCCAAAGAUCAUGAAUGAAUCCCUUCCUGAGAUUACUAAAGGAAUUCUCAAGUCACCAGAUACUAUUUGCUGCAACCCCUGUUUCUCAAAGAACUCAUCAAUCCAUGAUGCCAUACUGUUCUCUCAACGACAGAUGCAAGAUACAGAAAACAUUGCAACAAAGCUUUUAAAAGGAUUAAAUAGUUUGAAGAGCAUUGUAGAAGGGACAAUAUGUACAGAGGGGCCAACUUUAUCUCCGUCGAAAUUGAACUUUGAUGAGAUUAGAUUAGCUACAAAGCAUGCUUCAAAACUCGAAGUAACAACAAAGAAGUGGCUAGCAAUGAUGGCAAAAGAUUGCACCCGUUUUUGUAAAAUAAUGAGAUUAGCAGAGAACAAAUUGGUGUCCCCCGUACAUGAUCUUCACAAAGGAAGGAAGAAGGUAACCUUUGCUGAUGAGGCUGGUGGUCCUCUUUGCCAGAUCAAGGUCUAUGAGCAGCAACCAGUUUCUCUCAUCUAUCCCAAAAGCUAGAUCCAAUCUUUACUGGCAUGCUUGAAAGGUGUGCAAUCUUCUUUGGAAAAUCUUUUUGACUAAAUGAUUGCGAGGCUUUGUAUCGUGCAACUGUGUAAUGAUUUGAUUUUUGAUCUUGUUUACCUAAAUCCCUGCAAUAAUGAUUUGAGAAUGUGGCUAAUGCAAGGCAUUCGAUUGGA